AUGCCAAGUGGCGCAGUCCGGUUGCAGCAAGCGGCGAUCGCGCGGUGGGCGGUGCGCAGGGCCCGGCGGCGGGGGCGAGGGGAAGGAGCGAAAGAAGCUCAAGUGCCGCUGCCUGCCCGACUGCGCCCAUUUCUUUUAACUGAGGAGUCUGGUAAAAAAUCAGGAACCUACUCUGAAGCCUAUCACGUGGGAGGCGACCUGUCGGAGACCAUCGUGCGGGUGGCCGCGCCCCCCAACCAGCGCCUCACGCUCACGGCGCGCGUCACCACGCUCGACAUCAUCGGUGAGCCCCGGCGCGCCCUCUCCGGAGGCGCUCGCGGCCGGCCCUUGGUCGCGAACAGCGCCCCCUCCCGGCAC